GCACGUCGCACCCGCUCAAGUCGACUUAUCCGCUCGCCUCGCCGUGGCGCGCCAGAAGGCGAGAGACAUGGCGGCGGCGUCCGGGAAACCACCGCUGCCGUGGCGCGUGCGGCUGCUGGUGGGCGCCGUCUCCUUCCUGCACUCGGCGUCGCUCCGCCGCGACGGCACCGUCAACCGCUUCCUCCUGUCGCUGUUCGACCGAGUCGUGCCGCCCAACCAAGCCCCCGACGCCGCCGGCGUGUCCUCCUCGGACCAUGCCGUGUCCGACCACCUACGCGUCAGACUGUUCGUUCCGGAGGCGGCUAGGGAUGACGGAGAAGGUCUGCCGGUGGUCGUGUACUUCCAUGGCGGUGGCUUCGUCUUCCACUCCGUGGCGUCCGCCCAGUUCGACGAGCUGUGCCGUCGGUUCGCCUCGGUCAUCCCGGCCGUCGUGGCCUCCGUUGACUACCGCCUCGCGCCAGAGCACGGCUUCCCGGCGCCCUACGACGACGGCGAGGCGGCGGUCCGCUGGGUCCUCGCCGGUGCCGGGGGCGCCCUCCCGUCACCCCCCGCCACCGUCUUCGUGGCGGGGGACAGCGCGGGCGGGAACGUCGCCCACCACGUCGUCGCCCGCCUGCCGAGCAGCGUGGCGGGGCUCAUCGCGCUGCAACCAUUCUUCGGCGGCGAGACCCCGACCGACUCCGAGCGGCGGCUCCGCGACGCGCCGUUCGGGUCGCCGGAGCGGAUAGCGUGGCUGUGGCGCGCGUUCCUCCCCCCCGGCGCCACGCGUGACCACGACGCGGCCAACGUGCCCGACGCGAUCCGGCGCGACGCCGAGCAGGGGCAGCGCCUCGCGUUCCCGCCUACCAUGGUCUGCGUCGGCGGGUGGGACGCGCACCAGGACCGGCAGCGUGCGUACGCCGACGCGCUCCGCGCCGCCGGCGCCGAGGAGGUCGUCGUCGCCGAGUUCCCCGGCGCCAUCCACGCCUUCUACAUCCUCGACGACCUCGCCGACAGCAAGAGGCUGCUCACCCAGGUGGCCGACUUCGUCAACCGCCGCCGCGCCGCCGCCAGCUCCGCUUCCUAGUACUACCACCAAGCUUUUCUGUAUCGCUAGCUGUGCUUGUCACUUCACUCCUACUACUCCACUCGAACAAUUUCUCGUUUGAUUUGAUUUGAUUUGAUUUGAUCUGAUCUGAUUCAUACGAUGAAUUCAACGAGACGAGCUGUUCAUGAUCGAUUCGAUGUCUGUGAGACAACGAGUUCAGGAAGCCGCAUAACGGCGUGUAAGGGAAAAAAGAAAAGAUUUUGGUUUUUCUCCGCAGCGAUUUGCAGGAGGCUGAUUGAUUGCUACAAACAAGCUAGCAUCAUGUGAAAGAUUUUUCUCUCGCUAAACCAAUCAGCAUAUGAAGUGGCGACAACGCAAUGAAUUGAUUGAACAGAUCAACAGAGACGAGAUGGCGACAUGGUGAGAAGUCCAGAUGAACCAUGACCAACGGUAGCUCUACUGCCUCUACACUCAACCAUGGAAUUUGGACGGAAUUGGGCCUGAUGGUCAGCAAUUUUCAGCAACUUGGGUUGCAAGUGCAAUGGACAAUAGUGUCUACUAUACUAUUCCUCUACACUAGACUGUUUGGGACAUGUUCUUGGGUGGUUGUUGGCUGAUCCUUCCUCUGGUUCUAUGAAUGUGGUCUAUUUAGGACACACGUAAUCUUUCUUAUUAAUUCGAUUGUCUGUCUGGCAUGGUAUCAGUCUCACUGACCAUAGUAUAGUAGCUCGCAGCCUUGCAGCAGCAUCAAACACUAGAAAGAAUUAAAAGAAGGCAACA